AUAAAACGCGUUAAAAACAUUUUCUCAGACAAGUUGGUUAAAUAAAAUUCGCUGGCUUUUCUUUGCUGACAGAUGUCACUUGACGUGAACCAUCGUCAAUUCGCCAUUGCGUUCCGGAAUUUUGAAGUUUGAUUAGAAUUUAUUUACCAAACUAUUGCAAUAGAAGUACGCCAAGAUGAGUGAAUUAGUUUGGGGCAUCAAAAACGGCGAUAUAGAUCAAGUGAAAGACAUUAUAGAAAACAAGAAAAUAGACGUGAAUGCACUGUUGGACGGGCGUGUACCGCUGCACUAUGCGGCUGAUUAUGGACAGACAGCUGUACUGAACUACUUGCUGGAUAAGGGGGCAGAUCCCAAUAUGGUUGACAAACAUGGUAUAUCUGUGAUAUUGGCAGCCAUAUGGGAAGGUCACACUGAUUGUGUAAAGACAUUGCUGAAACAUGGUGCUUCAAAGGAUGGAAAAACCCCAGAUGGAACCCCAUACAUAGAAGCUGCUGAAAAGGAUGAGAUUAAGGAAUUGCUAACAUAGGAUCUAGAUCACGAAGUAUCUCUGUGUAACUCACACAAAUAUAGGAAACUAAGAUAUUAUCACUAGUUCCAGUUGAACAAUGAAGUAACUCCAUAAUAUGAACUAUUUUUAAAUGCAUUUAUUUAGAUUGCAUGAAUUAUUUUUAUAAGCUCAGCAUAUGUUGGUAUAACAUACAUAUGUUUUAAUUGUGCGUCCAGUUAGUAUUGGUUAGAUACAGUAGGGAAGGCCUGUUCUCUAAAUUUAAAAAUAAAUUAUUUAAUAUUAAGAUAUAUUCCACAAGGAUAAAAAGUAAGAUGUAAUUUUUUAAUGGUAUAACAAUAAACUGCUAUAAUGUAAGAA